AUGGAAAAGUUAUUCUACAGAAUUUCAAUUUUGGUUUUGCGGGAUGAUGUGAAGUAUGAUUCGUUCGUCAUAAGCAGUGAUGAAGAUUUGGAACUGUUCUUCCACUGUCGUCGGCAAUUUUCAGAGGUGAGCACUCCUGAGCUGUUGGCCAAGCUUGUGGAUGUGGUCUCCAGCUCAGGAGGUUCUAACCGGAUUCCCAUGCAUUCAGCCAUGGCCGUCGGGUCGAGUUUGAGGCCUAUUGGUGACUCUUCAUCUCUGCCCGUGAUUGAGCCUAAUGCAUGUUUGGUGGCCUCGUCGUCCUUCGCUGCAGACCUGGACCAUACUCGUGACACUGAACCAGUUGAGACCGUGCUGGAUGACGAUGAUGAUGAUGUGGAGCCCGCCACGAUUGUCGAUGUUAGCGAUCAUGAGGACGAGUGGAGUACUCCAACUAGGGGUGGUGAGGAGGAUCCGGCCGUGCCUGUCGGAUUCGGUGCCAGAGACACACAAGAUACCAGAGGAGUAGUUGAGUUCCAAGUUGGUCAGCAGUUUCAGGAUAAAGAGGAGGCCAUGUUGAGUGUGAAGACGUACAGCAUUCGACGUGAGAUUGAGUAUAAAGUGAUGGAAUCAAAUUACUGCAAGUACCAUGGGAAGUGUAAGUAUUUCAACAACGGGUGCACAUGUGAUCACAGAAGGCUCAAUUAUCAUGUGAUCUCGGCAUUCAUACCCCCUAUGAUCAGGGCCAAUGCAGCCAUUUCGAUAAAGGUACUUCAGAAUGCGAUAGAGUCCCAUUUUGAUUUCAGACCGCCUUACAGGAGGGUUUGGAUGGCUAAGCAGAAGGUCAUGGUUCAUAUUUACGGCGAGUGGGAGGAGUCAUAUAAUGAGUUUCCACCAACACUCGUUUGGACUUUCCCUCCGUGUAUCGAGGCGUUCAGACAUUGCAAGUCCCUGGUUAGUAUAGAUGGGACGCACCUGUACGGGAAGUACGGUGAGACACUGCUAGUCGCCAUUGCCCAAGACAGAAACUUUAACAUCAUUUCUAUCGCAUUUGUACUUGUGGAGGGUGAGAAUGCCGAGUCUUGGCCGUUCUUCUUAUCCCACCUUCGACAGCAUGUCACGCCUCAACCUGGCAUUCUUGUUAUUUCGGAUUGGCACAACGGGAUCAAGGCUGCAUUAGAGGCUCCUGAUGGUGGUUGGCUUCCAUCCAAUGCGUACAAGGUAUUUUGUAUCCGACAUGUUGCGACGAACUUCUCCCUAAGUUUUAAGGGCGAGGAUGAACGGAGUUUUCUGGUAAAUGCUGCUUAUGCUGCUUAUGUAGAGCUCUUGCCAACUUAA